AUGGCGAUUGUUGUGCACCUGCUUCUCUUCUGGAUCCUCAGUGCUGUCACAAGCUACAGCGAUGAAGAUUCUUGUCCAAAAAGGUCCAAAAUUGACCAAGACGGUUUACACUGCUACUGGAUCUCAGCAUCUGCAUCAACCUGGCUGGAGGCAAGAGAUCUUUGUCAGAGAUGGAAAGGAGGAGACAUUGCUGUGGUGGAUAAGCCAAGCGUUCAGGAUUUCAUAGACAAGUCAUUUCAGUUAGAAGCACCUGCUGUGGUUUGGCUGAGAAAUGAAAUUAGAACUGGUCAGCACCAUGGAUUUGGACCCCCUAUCUCCCAGCAUGAAGACAGAGAGAAAGGAACUUGUUCUCAGAUGGUGUUGGGUUUGAAACAAUGGACAAACAGCCCAUGCAACAAAGAACAUCACUUUAUCUGUGGAAAAGAGAUAUCAGUGUCUUUGCCAUCGAUGGACAGCUAUGUGAUAGGAGUGCCACUAAUGUCAGGCACAUACACACAGUCCCAGUUACCUGCAUUACCUUCGCCACCAGACCUAGAGCAACAGAGAGUGGAAAUGAUGUUAUUUCCGGGGCUCUGGUUUAGUCAUGGAGGCCAAGUGGUCUCUUUAGAUUUGGUAUCUCAGCCCAGUCAAGUGCUAACCAUGGCAAGAGUGCAGAUAUUACGACCCUACUGCAGUCCAACCCAUUACCUAGUGCCCCCAGGCUGUAGUUCUCUCCUAAACCCCUUUAGCUGCUGCUCAGAGGAGCCUAUGUGCAACACCACUGGUGUUUGUAUAAGUGGACUUUAUUGGUGCCACCUGCUGGAAAGUUGCCUGCCAGUUACCAGCCCAUGUAGCCCUUAUCACUCCUCUGCUGCAGGACUGGUUUUUCCUCUGCCUCCCCGCUACACUGCAGUGCCUCCCUUCUACCAUAUGAUGGCAGACGUGUCCCUGAAAAUCCUCCCAGCAUCUGAACCUGUCCACCUCAGAGUAACAUUUGAAGAAAAAGGCAUCUCUGUAUAUCCAGAUGAUAUUAUAGCAGUGCAGCACAGUAGAAAAGCAGGAGAAUUUCUUCACUGUGUGAGCAGCUUGAACUCUGCUUGGCGACAGAGCUACCUCUACUUGCCUGGACCUGAGUUAGGAGGCUGGGUAGAGGUUGGUGUGUCUGUCCCAACAGAUGGAGGCCAGUGGGUGGACAAUGUGGUGUGUGACCUGCAGCUGAUCUAUGAGGACUCUAUGCUUGUCUAUGGUGUUCCACCAGUUCUUAGCAGCACACAGAGUGACCUCAGGAUAGAAACUACAACACCAACAACCCAUUUGGUCAAACCACAAACCCCAGUCUCAGGACUUCAUGUUCUGUAUCCUGUGCUGGACAAAGAAAACCAAAUACAUUUGCCAGUCAAUGUCCGAACAAUAAUAAUCGUCAAGAUCCUUUCAGGACACAAUGCUACAAGUGCAUGGUCAGCCCCAGUGUUCAGAACAGGAAUCCCCUUCCAACUGUCUUGCCCUCCAGAUAUGUCUGAAAUUCAGGCAGUUUGUGAGAGGGACACCCCAGAUGUGUGGUUCUCAUAUAUUUACAUAAAGCUCUCUGCCCAAGGGGAACAAACUCUUAACAUCACUGCCUCAAACACACUCAACACCCAGAUGCUGAGUGUAAAACUACAAGCUCAUAUUCCAGUGACAGGACUGAACGUACAGCCACAGGGCUUCCAUAGGGUUCUGGUGGAUAUACCACAGGGGUUCACAGCAGCAGUGGCCACUGGCUCAUCUGUGAAGUAUACCUGGAUUACUGAUAAUCUUGUCCAGUUUGCCUACACAGGGCAAACUUAUAAUGUAGUAUUCAAGAAGCAAGGGGAGUAUAUGCUGAAGGUAAUGGCAGAAAAUCCCGUUAGCUCUCAGUUUCUAGAAGUCAAGCUCACAGCUGAUGUAAUGGCCCCAUUAGCUAACCUAACAGUACUCUCCAAGAAGGAGGCCAUCGCUAUGAGCACACCAAAUAUCUACACCCUCAGAGUUAAACUCGACAUCUCCAUAGGGGUCACAAUAAGAUGGGAUUUUGGAGAUAGUUCUACCUGUGUGAACCAUACAUUUUCUGCACCAUUAGAAAGGAGUAACACUUCUCUGGAUCAGACUGCAAUACAGAUCUAUCUGCAAGACUCUGUACUCCAUACCUACACUACACCAGGUGACUACACACUAAGGAUAGAAGCUGAAAAUAAAUAUGACCACAUCAAAAAAGUUGUACCCAUUAAAGUGCGGUCUCCACUGACAAGAGUGCUAAUCUCGUCAAUGCCUACUGUCCCUAACGUCAACCAAAGCAUUCUCUUUGAAGCCUCUUCAUUGCCAUCUUCAUAUGGAAUACUUUACUUGUGGAACUUUGGGGAUGGAUCCCAGGAGCUUAAAGGACCUUACAAAGUCAGCCAUGCUUUUAAGGCAGCUGGUGUAUACAAUGUUUCUGUCUGUUCCAACAACACUCUGUCACAGAUAAUUGCCUGGAUGUCUCUGGAAGUUGUUGAAACAAUCUCAGGUGUACAUCUCAGUUAUAAUGGGCCAAGUGAACUCAAUUCCGUCACGGAAAUCUAUGGAAGAGUUUCUACAGGAACCAGUCUCAGGUGGACCUUUGAGCUUGGAGAUGGGUCAGUGUUUAAAGACCUCUCAAAAAGCUCAAUCUCUCACAUCUACAAGUCUGUGGGAAACUACACCGCUCAAGUAACUGUUUCCAAUGCGGUGAGCAAAGUGAGACAGUCAAUCAAUGUAGAAAUCUAUCAGCUGGCCAUUAAUGGAAUCUGGCCAUCUGGCUGCAUAGUGAGUGGAGAGGAAGUAAUUCUUCAGGCAGUGGUCACUGGGAAUGUUUCUUCACUUACUUUCCACUGGAGUUUUGGGGAUGGAACACUCUUAUCUGUGAAGACAGGAACAUCCACAAUCGUUCACACUUUCUCAGACCCUAGGAAUUAUCUUAUUGAUUUGAAAGUCUAUAGCCAUGUAGGAUCUGUGCAUUAUCAGGCCACUGUGUGUGUUGAGGCCUUAAUUACAGAUUUGAAUCUUCACUCAGCCCUGAAUGCUGUAGCAGUGGAUGAAGAAAUAUGUUUUGAUGCUUUGGUACGUCCCAGUGGUGAAAUGUACCAAUUUCAGUGGUAUAACAGCUCGUCCAGUGACUCUCCAGUUAGUGGAAAAUCACAUCACUGCUUUUUUUUUGCUCUGGAAGGUAUGCAUGAAAUCAUGCUAAUCACACACAAUCAAGUCAGUCGCAAAAGAGCCAAAGCAACUAUUUUUGUUCAAAGGCCUGUAUUAAAGCUAUCAAUCAAACAUGAAGAUAACUCAGAUAUGCUUACUGUCAAUCAGUCUUAUUCCUUUUGGACUGAACCGUACCAGAAUAACGGAGUUGUCGAGUGGGACUUUGGUGACGGUUCUCAAAUGAAAGAAGGCCAAAAUCAAUCACAUACUUUCACUUCAGCGGGUAGGUUUCAUGUCACUGCUUCAGUUUUUAAUGCAGUCAGUCAACAGUUUGUGGAAGCUGAUGUGGAGGUACAAGUUCCUAUAUCAAAUAUAGUAAUCCAUACUAAUCAGCCAUAUGCAGAAGUAGGCCAAGAAACAGUGUUCACUGCCCUAUGCAAUGUUGUGGACAAUGUAAAAUAUUUUUGGAGAGUGGAUCCUCUCUUUCCAUCAAAACUUGGAACAUCAGAGUACAGAUAUGUGUUUCCCAGAGCAGGGAUCUUUGAGGUUAAAGUUGUGGCACAGAACCUUGUCAGUAAAAUGGAAACCUCAGCUUCAAUUGAGAUUGUCGAGAGAAUACAAGGGGUUCAGAUUACAAACCAGAUUCUUAAAUCUAUGAGAUAUAUCCCCACAAAGGAGACCAUCACUUUGACAGCCUUUGUAAAGAAUGGUUCUAACUUGACAUAUAAUUGGCUGAUUCAUCAGGAUGGAUUUAAUAGAACAGUUGGUGAUGGAGAACACUUUAAGCUAUUUACCAACAACUCUGGUAAUGUAUCUGUCAAGCUGACAGUUGCCAAUGUCCUUGGCAGAGAGCAUAAGGAUGUUACACUGAGAGCAGUGGAGUGUGUUUCAGGUGUAAAUAUUUCAACACCUGCUUAUGUAAUAGCCAAAGGAAAACCUGUGAAGAUAACUGUAAGUGUAAAGACUGGGACAGACCUUCAGUAUAUCUGGUUUCUUGACUCUGACUACUCUCCUGUAACCACAGAUGUACCUUUUGUCCUUCAUGUAUUUAAAGCCAUAGGCAUUUUUAAGCUGAGAGUGUCAGUGGCAAAUGUUCUUGGCUCAGUUGAUUCCACUAAACAGCUCACAGUUCAGGAGGAUAUUUCAGAAAUUGACUUUAAGGUAGAUGGGAAAUCACACCCGUUCUUUGUCACAUCAAACAGCCUCUUGCAGCUGCAUGGAUCUGUCAGAAAAGGGAAUGAUCUACAAUGGGUCUGGACCGUGGCAUUGCAGGGAAGAAAUGUGAUCAGUUUAGGUAACAAUCAAACAGUUAGCUACUCCUUUAUGGAUGUAGGAGGUCAUCGUGUAACACUUAAUGCGUCAAAUGACAUUAGUUGUCAAAGUGUCUCGCACAUAGUAACAGUGGAGGAUACUAUCCAAGGUCUAAAUCUAAGAGUAAGUGAAAUGGUCAUUUGUGAGAAUGAUGCAGUAACUUUCACACCAGCCAUCUCUCAAGGAAGUGGUGUUUCGUUCCUCCUUGAAUUUGCAGGAGGGAAUUCUUCUUUAAGGGUUCUGGAAAACUUUACCAUCUCAUCUCUUCCUAUUGGAAACCACACAGUCAAAGCAAUUGCAGAGAAUCAUGUCAGUACUUUGUCAGCAACUGUGGCUGUACAAGUGGUAGAAAGAGUUAGGGGUCUUCAUUUCUGCUGCACAACUGUCUUGGAAGCAUUAAUACCUUCCAGUUUUAAAGCAUCAGUCAUCACUGGAUCACAGGUGACUUACCAGUGGAGCUUCCAGCUAAAUGGUUUCAAUACAUCACAAGAAACUGGACAAAAUGUUUUGUAUACACCAUUUAUCAAUGGUUCCCUGUCUGUGACAGUAAAGGCUAGUAAUGCCGCCUUCUGUUCGCAGUCUGUAACAGAGACGGUAGUUGUUCAGUGGCCAGUGAAAAAAGUGACGCUUCUAAAUUCCCCAGAUGGACCCUUCAUAGAUCAUCCUGUCACAUUUUUUGCCCUUGCUGACAGUGGCAGUGACCUUAUGUUCCAGUGGGACUUUGGUGACUCUGAUGAUGUGGUCAAAAUUACAAAAUCGAACACGGUAGACCACAAAUACAAGGUUAAAGGCAGAUUUGUGGUCCACGUAACUGUUUUCAAUAAUGUCAGCCAGGUCUCUGCACAGCUGGCAGUUGUGGUUAGUAAGCUGGAAUGCACACAGCCUCGAGUCUCCCUGAUCCAAGACCAGCCAAAAAUCCUAAAGGCCACACCAAACUACUUUGAAGCAAGUGUGGAACUCAGUGGAUGUGUUUCUUACAAGACCAUCUAUCUCUGGGAAAUCUACCAUGAUCCAAAUUGUACUGAGAAGAAAGUGUCAUUAGACAGUUCAGUAGAUGUUGCAACACCACUCCUGUAUCUUCCAAAGCAAAUCCUUGAAGUGGGGGAUUACUGUCUGAAGUUUUCUGCUAGGUUUCAAAGGACACCCCUGCACCAUCAGCAAACCACCAAGAUUUCUGUAGUGUACAGUCCACUGGUCCCCAUAAUAAAAGGCGGCUCUCAUCGGAUGUGGUCAAGCCAGAAUGAUCUUAUACUGGAUGGAACUGAGUCUUAUGAUCCAGAUUCUGCAGCCCAUGAUGACCUCUUACAGCUUCAGUGGGAUUUUAAAGUGCUGCAGGACUCUACCACAUCUCAUUCUUCAAGAUCCUUCUUCCCUGAUCAAAUUAUUCAGCACAACAGCAGCUCCCUCAUUCUGCCCCGUCACAUUCUAGAACCAGGCAGCGUGUACCAAUUCACACUAACAGUUAAAAAAGAUGGACGGCCAUCUGUCUCUACUAAGCAGUAUGUGAAAAUGUAUGAAGAAGAAAUUAUUCCUGUGGCUGUGAAGUGUGUGUCCUGUAGUCUGCACUUCUCUUCUUAUGUCAGUCACAGCCAUCCAAUUGCUUUGGCUGGUCAUUGUGCUUUGUGCAAUGGCACAGUUAAGUUUAAGUGGACUGCAGAGAAUUCAUUAGGAGAUGUUUUACACCUGAAUGAAGUUACAACCACAACUGGAGACAGAGCUCCUAUCCUCGUCAUCAGGCCUGAUGUACUGAUGGCAGGAUCUGAAUACAUCUUCACUCUCAAUAUUUCCCAGUCAAUUACUGGUCUAUGGGGAUCAGCCAGCAUUGCUUUAAAACUCAACCACCCACCUCAGGGAGGCAGCUGCACACUCUCACCAGACCAUUCUGUUCAGCUCCUGCAAGACAUGGUCUCAUUCAGCUGCUCAGGUUGGCUGGAUGAAGACAGAGAAUGUGCUCAGAUGAUAUACUCUCUUCAGGUGGCACAGUGUGAAGACCCUGGACCACAAUGUCCUUUGAUAACUCUAUACAGAGGCACCCAGCACACAUUUAGGACCCUGGUACCGCUCGGCGGUGCAAGAAUGAGGGACAAUGCUUCCAUCAUUACCAUAAUAGUGCAGGUUGAAGAUGAUAUGGGAGCUAAAGUCACAGCUCUCAGAAGGAAUCUUGAGGUGGUGUUGCCAGUGAAUGACCAAGGCACAACAGAAUGGCUGAAGAAAAAGAGUCAAUCAGAACUGCUGGCCUUACUACAGCAAGGCAACCCUCAGGAUGUUAUACAGUACUCCACUGCCUUAAUCAGCCAGCUCAAUCAGUUGGAGGCUAUGAGUGGGCUGGAUUUUGAGGACAGAAUGCAGAUGCGAGGCAAUGUGACCCAGGCCCUGGCUUCUCUCUCAGUGUCCUCGCUCCAGGACGCAACACAAAUCAGCUCCGCUUUGGCUCAUUCCACUGCUGUUCCUUCUGAGCUUCAGUGUGGAGACUGCCACAGCAGAGUAGUGGAAACCACACAGAAGAUGAUAAAAGUCAUCAGAGAGCAAACUAAACAAGGAGAUGUCACCCCUAUAGACACUGGAAGGAAUAUUCUGAGUGUUCUGAGUAACUCCAUGACUGCUGCUCAAAAAUCAAAGGACAUUUUAGGUGCUAACUACCACUACAAGCAUCAAGACACUUCAGAAACUGCAGUGUCAGCCUUGCAGCAGGUAGGAGAGCUCAUGCGCUCUUUGAUGUGGUCACGGAUGCCUGGUGAAGAAGCUCUAUCCCUGAAAGCUCCUCAGAUCAGUGCAGUAGGUAUACGGGGUGACCCUGCCUCAAAUUUAUUGUGCACUGAGGAAUCCAGUCACUGUCAGUUCUACAUCCCUCCAGCUCUGAGCUCAAAGCUGAGCAAGGAGCGAAAGGAGGUCCUUCAGGUUCUUCUGGUUAUGAAGACUGAGAGGCACCCAUUUGUCGCAGCUGCAGAUCCACCAAUCUCUACUACACUUGCUGCUAUGGAGUUUGGUACACCACAGGGUCAGCCGAUCACCAUCGCUAACCUUACAUCAGACAGCGCCAUACAUGUUACUCUACACAAACAGGACAUGGACAUGUCACCAAGGGUCAAUGUCACUUUGCCAUCUGAAGGAAGUGUGAACUUCAUAGUGAAGGCAGUUGAGAUGUAUCCUAAUGCUGGACUUUUCAUCACCUUUAAUUUCAGUUUAUUUCAAGCAGGAAGUGAUCAGAUAAACUCUGGUCGAGUUAACGUCAGUGUGUCCUACCAACAAGGACUUCCACUGUCCCAGCACAGCCUCAAUCUCUCGCUCUCUACUGAUGUUCCCUCAGUGGAGGAUACCAUUUUCCUUACACCGCUAUUGAACGGCUCUUCUAGGGAGCUAUAUGUUACCCUGAAUAGCAGCUUGAGCGGUGCAGAGGUGUGUGUCUCAGUGUGUGUGUUCAGCUCGCUCUGUCAGUUCUUCAAUGUGGAACAGAGGCGCUGGAGCACGGAUGGUCUGAAUGUGCUCAGUAGCAGCAGCCCCAACACUGCUGACUGCGUCACUCAGCACCUCACCCUUUUUGGAGCCAGCCUGUUCAUUCACCCUGAUGCUAUUGUGCUUCUGCCCCCAUCAGAUGGGCCGGUGAGGAAUGUGGUAGUGGGGAUAGUAUGUGGAGUUCUGCUCCUCAUUCAUCUGCUGGUUGGACUCAUUGCCCACAAGCUGGACCAUCUGGAGAAUCUGCGCCUGAGCUGCAUCCCACUGUGUGGCCAGGCAGGUCGCUAUCAUUACCGUGUCUUGAUCAAAACAGGUUGGCAGAGAGGGGCUGGUACCUCCGCUCAUGUAGGCAUUAGAUUGUAUGGUUUAAACAAAAGUGGUUCGCGUCACCUGCAGAAAGAAGGCGCUUUUCAGAGAAAUGGUCUGGAUGACUUUCAGGUAGAAACAGAUGCCAACCUGGGAGAAAUCUGGAAAAUAUGCAUCUGGCAUGACAACACAGGUCUGGAUCCCUCAUGGUAUCUUCAGCAUGUGGUAGUGUGGGACAUGCAGAUGGAUAAUAUGUUCUUCUUUGUGGUGGAUGACUGGCUGUCUGUGGAAAAUGAAAGGAAUUCUGGGAUGGUUCAGAAAGUGGUGCUGGCUACUUGCCCACAGGAGCUGCAGCAGUUUGGCAGGAUGCUGCGUGCUCAGCUGCUGUUUGGGCUGCGAGAGCACCACCUCUGGCUGUCUUUAUGGGAGCGUCCAGCUCACAGCAGCUUCAGCCGAGCACAGCGAGUGACCAGCUGUGCUCUGCUUCUGCACCUGUAUCUGGCUGCGGGGGCAGUGUGGUAUGGAGCAGUGAGCACAAAGAGCGGCAGUCGUCCAGUUGCUGACCAGAUGUCAAUGAAUCCAGAGACCAUACUGGUUGGAAUGACAGUGGCAGUUGUGAUCUUUCCUCUCCAGUCCCUCCUCACCUCCCUGUUCUCCCUGACAAAGAGCAAGGUGGUACUGGAGCUGUCACUUCCUCCUUCUCCUGUGUCAGACACUGUGGAGAUGGAUGUAUAUCUCAGCCACCCAGACUUUUCCUACUCCUCUUUUCUGUCCAUGCCUAGAGGCCCUGAAUCCUCCACAUACGAGAGACCUUCUCCUUUUACUGAGUCCAUGGGUAGCCUGAAACUGCAGUCUGAGUUUUUGGGACCGUCAAACAUGGGGAAUGGCAGCAGUGUGGAUCAGUGGACAUCGAAUGACAGUAUUUUUGGCCUCCCUGAGCUGAUGGGGCCCACACGACUCUUAAAGAGAAAAAGAGCACUUUUACAACUACGACUGGUCACUCCAACCUCUGACAUUACAAACCUUAAACCAAGUAGUUCUCCACAUCUGAGUAGAUGUGAGCCGCCCACACUUUCAGAAGGAGAGAUGAGGUCUGCUUCUGCAGAUCCUUUCCUACCCAGCAAUGCUUCCUCUGGGCCAACUACAUCUGACAGUGGCCGCUAUUCACCCAAUGAGACCUCUGUAUCAGACUUUCAGGACAGAUCCUGUAGUGAAUGGUCAGAGCUGAGCGAGCCUAAGCCUAUGUAUGAGGGUGGGCUUUAUAAAUCCCCCUCCUCUGUGUCAGUGUGUAGUGUGGCCAGUACCUUCCUGCCCAGUCUCCCACCAGACUCCUGCAGCAUUGUGUCCAACACACGCAUAGGUGUAGCUCGAAGUGAGCCGGGUAUGAUGCUGCCCUCCUGGGUGUUGGCUGUGGUGUAUCUGCUGGUGGCUGUGCUUCUGGGAACCUGCCUGUCCAUAGUGGGCUUAUAUGGUAGUAAAUUCUCCAGCUCUGUGGUCCUCAUGUGGCUCACAUCAGUACUCUCUGCCUUCUUCACUUCUGCUCUGCUCCUGGAACCUCUCAAAAUAUGUGUUCGGGCCUUGUACCUCGCUGCUGUGGUGAAGCCAGUAGAUCCAGAAGUGGAGGAUAGACUGGCUCAGGAGACAGCAGUGAGGAGGAUGGUGGAGAAGCAGGGGACUAAAGUGCGUCCUCCAUGUGGAUACGGCUUGUUGCAGGCAAAAGAAGAAGCACGAAAAGUCAGAAUGGUUCAAGCUUUAAUGAGGAACUGCCUGGUCUACAUGAUGUUCCUGUUGGUGGUUCUCAUGGUGAACUAUCAGGACAACAUCCAGGAGAUGAACAGCAGACUGCUUCAUUCCUCACUGAAACGCUCCAUCAUCUCAGCUUCAUCAGGGCAGCCUAACCUUACAGCCCUAUCAGGAUGGAAGGAGGCCUGGCAGUGGAUGAAUCAAAGCUUAAUGACACACCUCCAUCAAAGCGUGUCCUUUUCUCUGAUUGGCUCAUCACGACUAAAGAGAGUGCAAUCAAAAAACUUUUGUGGGGGAAAUACUGAAGAUAUUCUUAAACAUGAACAGUCAUUGGAGAUGUUUACUACUUCUGUUUUGUCACAUUCAAAUUCUCCACAACCAAGAAGAAAAACCCAGAGCAACAACACCUCCCUCCUGAACUGGUCAUGGAGCAAAGCUCAGUCAUGCAUGUUCAGUCAGACAGAAGAGAUAUUGCUGGGCAACAGCAGUGUGUCCACCAGUCACAUCAUGUCAGGUCUGCAAACUGCCCACUGGAUCACAGCAGAGACCCAGGCCGUGUUAGUUGAGUUCACUCAGUACCACAGAGAGACUGGGCUGUUUCUGCCUGUCUCCAUCCUAUUGGAGAACACACAGGCUCACAGGAUUCUCUCCACCAUCUCCAUUCAGUCCUUCCACAUCCCAGGAUCUCAUUCUGGACUGGACUUCACCAUUGCUUUAACAGCCCUGCUGCUGCUCUUCUCUGUGUGCAUUCUGAGUACUGAGUUAUGGGCCAUGCUGAGGGAAGGUGUUCAGUACCUGAGGCAAGGCAGGCAUCUCCUGCAGCUCCUGCUGGCUCUGCUGUCAUUAGCAACGGCCUCGCUGCGCCUUUGUUUUUUGUCCAAGGCAAACUCCUGCCUCUCCAGCCACCUCUCCCAGCCCGACGCUUUCACUGACUUCCACGGUGCGGCCCUUCUGGCCAAGAGGUCCUCCCAGCUCUCAGCAGUCUUGCUGACAUUACUGGUUCUACAGAUGGUGGGUGCUCUGCGGUUCGUGAGGAGGUGGGUGGUGUUCGGCGCAGUACUGCAGCAGGCCUGCUCUGAGAUGUGUGGAGUGUUCCUCCUGUUUAUUCUUCUACUGCUUCUCUUCUCCCACACAGGCUGCGUGCUCUUUUCAGGCUCAGUUGAGGGCUUUAGAACCAUUUGGCAAACAAACCAGUCUCUGCUGGGCUUACUGAGAGGUCGAAGGGUGCUGCAUGAACUGUGUGAGCGGCAUCCUGUGCUUGGGCCCCUUUACUGCCUCUCUACGUUUGGGGUGGGAUUCUGGCUGCUCGGUCGCCUUUGUGGAGCCGUGUUAGUGCACACCUACAGGACAUUCCAGGCAGAAAUGUACCGACCAUCCAUGGAGCCACAGGACUAUGAGAUGGUGGAGUUUCUCAUCAAGAGACUUAAGCUGUGGAUGGGGCUUAGCAAGGCAAAGGAGUUCAGACACCGCGUGAAGUUUGAGGGGAUGGAGUCUCCACCCUCCAGAUCUUCCCGGUGCUCACAGUUCUCCAGCUUGUCAGUGGCCAACAGUCCUAUCAGUCCCAGCAUUCCCAGCAGUCCAGCAGGGCUACGCCUGAUCUCCUCUGCUUCCUCUCUAGCGUCCGAAUGUUCCACCCUCUCUGACAGCCCUGACCUCCAGCAGUAUGUUGACCGCCUGCUGCCCUCUGUGGACAGUCUCCUUGCUGGCUUUGAUCGUGUCAACCAGCUAACUGAUGAUGUCUUGAACAUUGAGCUACAGCUUCAAAAAGCCAGUUGUAGAAUAGCUGAGAAAAGAAAAAAGCAUAAGGAUCCACAACCACAGCCUCAAAACCUGAAAUCAGAAGUGUCUCAACUUGACGAGUCUCCUCAGCACAUGGAAUUGAAACCUCCUCUAUCUUCUCAGCAGGGUAUACAUCGAAUAAUCCCUCGUCGCCGUGGUACCCACUCCGAGUCAUCUAUUAUGGGGCCCAGCACUCAUGUCAAUGCUCAUCCUGGAAAUCAGUCCUGGCAGCAAGGUCAGACUGUGGCAGAACUGGACAUCAGGAACCUCCCCAGACUCCGAGCCUGGAACUCAGGCUCCUGUCACUCUGCAGAUGUUAUCCAGAGGUCUCCCAAGACUCAGAACCCUGCAGCUAUUCUAGUGAGACCUCGGAGUGAGGAGGGCGAUAGGAGUGAAAGGAGUAAAGGCGUGCCAAUUAAGAGAAGAGCCUGGCACCCUGAAGACUCUCUCUGAGAUGUAGAAGGACUAAGACUGCACUGUGUACUAAUAUGCAUAUCUAUCUAUCUAUCUAUCUAUCUAUCUAUCUAUCUAUCUAUCUAUCUAUCUAUCUAUAU